CGGCACAUUUGCAUAACUGAUCAUUAAUAACAGGCAAAAAAAAAUAUCGUCUGCAGAACUUGUUUACAAACUUGGACGCUAGUUAGGCGGGAAAAUUAUAUUUGUUUUGUUCUUCAACUUCACUCGUCACUGUGUCGAUAUUCGUGGGAGAGCGUGGACGCUCUAAAUUCCUGAGGUUCACAACAUGUGGCGUCACAGUAUUGUGUUCUGCGUUGUCAACUUAUUAUUUGUAUUGCAAUGUGUAAGCACAGAAGAGCAGCCAGCGUGGCAUUGGUCUUGCGGCGAUGGCAAAUGCGUCAAGUCUAAGCAUGACCCAAAGAGCUCCGAGCCGGCUCUCUCACUGGAGGCCUGCAAGAUGUUCUGCAAUGAAUACGGUAUGCUCUGGCCAGCCCCGACAGGGGAAACGGAUUUGGGUCGUUUCCUGUCCAAAAUAAAUAUCAACAACAUUGAAAUACAAAUACUAAAGCGAGGAAAAUCCGACGAUUUAAUGCAAGCUGCUGGACGCAGAUUCAAAGGUCUGGUGGGAUUGGCAGUUCCUUUAGGUCUGACACCCAAACAAACUGGCAAGGCAGUAUACGUGUAUCUAGUCAACGAAAACCCUGAUGUCAAAGAGUUCACCCUGAGCGACACUGACGAGAGCUACAGUCUGCGAGUAUCUCCGGAGUCCAACGAGAGGAUCAACGCCACCAUCUUCGCGAACAACUUCUUCGGCAUCCGACACGGACUGGAGACUCUGUCGCAGCUCAUUGUGUUUGAUGACAUCAAGAACCACUUACUGAUAGCGAGAGAUGUCACCAUAGAUGACAAGCCUGCCUACCCUUACAGGGGUAUCCUGCUGGACACUGCCAGGAAUUACUACUCCCUUGAGUCUAUUAUGGCUACCAUUGAUGCAAUGGCCGCGGUGAAGUUGAACACAUUCCACUGGCACAUCACGGACAGCCAGAGCUUCCCCUUCCAGUCGACGAAGAGGCCGGAUCUGACCAAAUAUGGCGCUUACAGCCCUGCCAAGAUCUACACAAAGGACAACAUCCGCGCGGUGGUGGACUACGCUCUGGAGAGAGGGAUCCGAGUGCUGCCGGAGUUCGACGCGCCCGCGCACGUCGGCGAGGGCUGGCAGGACACCAACCUCACUGUGUGCUUCAAUGCUCAGCCGUGGCAGUCGUUCUGUGUGGAGCCUCCUUGCGGUCAACUCAACCCCGUCAGAGACGAGCUGUACGAAUACCUGGAGGACAUCUAUUCCGACAUGGCAGAGGUGUUCCCGACGGACAUAUUCCACAUGGGAGGCGAUGAAGUGAGCGAGAAAUGCUGGAACACGUCGGUGGAGAUCCAGCAGUUCAUGCAGCAGAACCGCUGGCAGCUGGACAACGAGGGCUUCCUCAACCUCUGGAACUACUUCCAGACCAAAGCUCAAGACAAAGUUUACAAGGCGUUCGGCAAGAGGUUGCCGCUGAUCAUGUGGACGAGCACGCUGACCAACUACGUGCACGCCGACAGAUACCUCAACAAGGACGACUAUGUCAUUCAGGUGUGGACCACCGGCGCAGACCCCCAAGUGCAGGGGCUGCUCAAGAAGGGCUACCGACUCAUCCUGUCCAACUACGACGCGCUCUACUUCGACUGCGGGUUCGGUGCCUGGGUGGGCAGCGGCAACAACUGGUGCUCGCCCUACAUCGGCUGGCAGAAGGUGUACGAGAACAGCCCCAAGGUGAUCGCUCAGGAGUACUACGACCAGAUCCUCGGAGGCGAAGCUGCUCUAUGGUCGGAGCAGUCGGACUCGGCCACACUGGACGGGCGCCUGUGGCCGCGCGCCGCCGCACUGGCAGAGCGGCUCUGGGCAGAGCUGCCAACCGGCUGGCAGGACGCUGAGAAACGGAUGCUACAUGCCAGGGAGCGUCUAGUUCGUAUGGGAAUCAAGGCUGAAUCCAUCGAGCCUGAAUGGUGUUACCAGAAUGAUGGCAAUUGUUAUGCGUAAAACGUAAACGUUGCCCGUAUCUUACCGUCCUUCACCGCCUUACUACAAUACUCCAACCGGUAUGCAGCUCAUACUGGCAUACUGGCAUACUGAUACUCUUGUUGCAUCUUCUCUAAAUGUCAUACUUUAUUACUCAAUUUAUUAUUUUUGUUUUGAAUGUCAUACUUUAUUAAGUAAGUAUAUUUUCAUUUUAUUGUUUUAUUUUGAGACUUGUACCUAAUAAAUAAUUUGGGUAUUA